AUGUUCAAACACCUCGCACUUGGUCUGUUGGCCGCUCAGUUUGUGGCUGCUACACGCUUUGCCAUGUACAUUGACGAGUACCAUAUAACUGCUCUUCCAAGCCAGGACAAGACUGAGGGUAUUGACUAUGCUAUCAUGAGCUUCGCUGCAUCGAAGCUAUUCAACUCUGACUCGCCGGAGGCAUACAAGCCAUUUGAGCCCCCCGAGACCAUGCGCAAGCGCUUCAGCCCGGAUACCAAGCUAAUGGUCGCCAUUGGUGGCUGGGGGGACACUGCUGGCUUCUCUGAGGGAGCAAAGGACGAGGUUUCGCGCACGAGAUAUGCCAAGAAUGUCGCUUCUAUGUUGGAUGCACAUGGAUUCGACGGUGUUGAUAUUGACUGGGAAUAUCCUGGUGGUAAUGGCCAAGACUACAAACAAGUGCCUAACUCUGAGAAAGUAGGCGAGAUUGAAACCUAUCCUCUCUUCCUCGAAGCUCUCCGCAAAGAAAUUGGUGACAAGAUCCUCUCUAUCGCAGUACCCGGUCGCAAGCAGGACUUUAUCGCUUUCACUAAGGAACAGGAUCCUAAGAUAUUUCAGUCUGUCGAUAUGAUCAAUGUCAUGUCCUACGAUCUGACCAACCGCCGCGAUACCGUUACGAACCACGCUAGCGGCAUCCAGGGUUCCUUGGACACUAUCAAUGAGUAUCUCGCGAUUGGGGCUGAUCCCGCUAAGCUCAACCUUGGCUUUGCAUACUACGCUAAAUGGUUUUCCACCGACCCCAACUCCGAUUGUGAUAAGAGCCCUCUCGGCUGUCAUCUUGCCAAGCUCGAGAACGACAAUGGAACCGACAACGGCAAGUCUGGUACUUUGACUUUUGAGGCUAGCAUUGUUGCUGCUGCGCCUAAAGAUCUGAUAGACAGCACCGAUGGAUCAUGUGGAUAUGGAGCCAUGGCCAAAUGCCCAUCGGGACAAUGCUGCAGUGCUUCCGGCUACUGUGGUACUACCGAUGAGUUCUGCCAGACUGGAUGCCUCUCUGACUACGGCAUCUGCAAGGGUAUCUCUAUCACUGACUCAUGGCGCAAAGCCCAGAAAAAUGGCAAGACUGACGAGAAGGGCGGUGGUCAGUACUACUUUGACAGCGAUAUCAACCUCUUCUGGACCUGGGAUACCCCAGAGAUUAUUGCCCGCAAGUUCAAGGAAAUUGUCGCGGAGAAGAAGCUUGGUGGUGUCAUGGCUUGGAGUUUGGGUGAGGAUACGUACAAGUUUGAGCACCUGGAGGCUAUGCAGAAGGGUCUCAAAUCUCACACUCCGAAGGCUGUGGAACCCCCCAAGGCUGAUAGAGGCUGUUCCUAG